GUUUUACUGUCACUUUCAAGGUGGCAAACUUGUUUACCUUUACACAAAGAAGCGGGGCAGUGUGCCGAAAUGUGGUGAUUGCAAGAAGAAACUACAGGGGGUGAGAAUAUGUACAGCUUCGCUUAUAUAUGUGCAAAUAUUGUGCUACUAAGAGGCUAUUAUGUGUGACUGACUUGCUGUAUUGUUUUUAGCUGCCAGCUGUACGACCAAGAAAACUUAAACAGUUAUCAAAGCCUAAAAAGACAGUUUCACGUGCCUAUGGAGGUUCUCGAUGUGCCAAAUGUGUAAGAGAAAGGUAACUAUGAUUGUAUUUUUUCUUCUUGUUUGUACACAAAGCACAUAUUCUGGAUGAUUUUUUAAGGGUUUCCAUAAUUAGUCAACUACAGAAAUGCAGAUACUUACAAGAGCAGGAAAAUCAAGCUAUGUUUCUCAAUUCUAUUUAUUUGCCUCCAAUACAAUACUACUACAUACAGGGGUGGAAAAAAUAGGCGAGCGAGCACUGCUCGCAGGAAAUGUUAAACAGCUGCAGGAAAUUUGUUUGAAUGAAGAUUUGCUAUUGAUAUUUUGAAGGAAACCUUAACACCCAUGUCCCAUUACCGGCACAACAACAUAUGGUUGACAGACAUUAUUCCUUGAAUUUAAAACUAUGGUCAGCUAGGACACUACAUGUUUAUGCACACGCAGAUUUAGCACAAAAAUACUCUGUUGGUCUGCAGGAAAUUUUUGUUCUCCAGUUUGUGCUCCCAGGAAGAAUUUUUUUUUUCCUGCCCUGACUGCAUAUACUGAAAGGUGUGAACCAUAUUUUCUGACUCUGUAACUGCAGGUUGACCACCAAUUGUUGGGCAAUAUAGUAUUUUACGGUGAAACCUCUUUAAUGUAAAGAAUAUAUGUGGUUCAUUGAAGGGAAACAGACAUGAAUAAUUCAGCAGCAAUGUACUGCUUAAUGCCCGAACAUUCUACUCAUGAAAGCAGACUUUCUCACAUGAAGAAAGUGUGCAAAGAUUUUAGUCAGAAAAUUGAAUGAGAUAAAAAUCAUUAAGGGGACUUUGUAACUAUGAAAAUGAUAUCUGUAGGCCAUGUAGAUGUGCCAAACUGUAUAUACUGUACGCACAAUUACAAUUUGCGGACUUCCUUAAAAAUUUUCAUAUUUGAAGAAAUUUUAAUUUCAAAAAGUGGAUGCACUGCUUCCAAGACGAUAUUCUUUAAUGUUGUUCUUGAUGAAUCUCUUGCCAGUAUCGAAUGUGUUUGCGUGUGCACUGGUCAUUGUUGCACAUCCCUAAUAAAACUUGCAUAAAGCAACUUUCUUCUCACACAAAGCAUUGCAUCUUUCCUAGAAUUGUGAGGGCGUUUUUAAUUGAAGAACAGAAGAUUGUGGUUCGUGUAUUGAAGGCACAAAGUGGAAAUAAGGGAAAAGGCCAAUGAGUUCUUUAGGAUAAAAUAAAUA